AUGGGCCGAUACCAGACCGAGGUGGGUGUUUUUGAUGUGGCCAACUUGCGCCAAGCGUUUUAUCACGCUAACCUCAUAGCGGAUUUUAAUGCGCCUACUAGACAAGAGAAGGACUCUAUCCUCCGACGUUACGUUAUGGAACAGCUGCUCUACAUGCCAGGUGGCACUACUUCAUUCGACCGUCACCUUGUACAUGCAAAUAAUGCUUUGCAAUCGCUCCUGAUUGAUGGUGAACUACAAUUUUUUGCUACCCCCUUGAUUCUGCGAAAUGAGCUUGCGAGAGAAGCUGUCGAGGCAUUGAACAGGAGGAAGCUCAACACUAGGAAGAAUUUCGCGGACGCACUGCAUUAUUUGAGCGAUCCCAUCAAUGGAUUGCCUUCAGUGGAUGAGUUGAUUCAUGCCACAAUGCAAGAUCCUCUUGCUUGGGUUCCGGAUCUGCAACGUGGGGACACACAGUCGAUAGAGUCUCUUCAGGAACAGCAGAACGCCUUACAAAUGGGAAUUCGUGCAAUUGAUGAAUUCCGAUCAGGUCAAUUCGCUUUCGUUCGUGCACCUAUUCUACUUGGUCCUCCAGGAAGCGGUAAAAGCUUUAUCACUGCUCACUGGGGAGCAUAUGCUUUAGCCAAAGGGUUAAACACUAUUGUUACUAGUGUUGCAAGUGAAAGAGCUGCUGCUCUGGGUGGUGAGCAUAUUCACCUGGUAUUUUCCAUACCAGUUUCGACUGACCUUGCUCCCCGGAGUCUGGCUGAGAGAGCCUUAACUCGUUUAGCACGUGAUCCUGUAAAGAUGGAAUGGCUCAGAUCAAUUCAAGUAUUCAUUCAUGAAGAGAUAGGUACAGAAGGAGCCGAAACGUUGGAUGUCCAGAACAAGAUCUUACAGUUCUUGCAUAAAUCUCCGCUUCCUUUCGGUGGAGUACUCGUCAUGGGCAGUGGUGAUCCCAAUCAGCUACCUCCUAUCAAAGAGACAUUACUUUGGACCAGCCCAUCGGUUAUUACAACUAUGCGGCUUGCAAUGCUUCACAAAUUUGUUCGUUCUUCUACCGAUCGUGAUCUUCAAGAAGUUCUUACUCUUUUCCAGAAAUUGCAACCUACAGAUGCUGAUAUUCAACGGAUACAAGACCUCAUUGAUCAUCGAUGCCGGUUCAUAGAUAACUGGGAUCAUGUACCAGCUGAGGCUCUCCAGAUCUUCGGUCGCCAUAAAGCUGAACAGAGUGCAAUUCAGCGUCAGCUAGAUCGUAUUAUGGCUGACUCCACUAUUAAUAAAGUAAUCGUAGAAUCUACGGACCAAUACACUCUUGAUGGAGGUCAUGUCUGGUCUUCUGUCGGACACACUUGGGUGGUUAAGAAGAUGAAUCGAAAGCUACAGACUCCGCAGAAGAUCACUCUAUAUGUUGGAGCU